AAGACCAUUAAAAAAAAGAAAAAGAAAAAGAAAAAAAAUUAACAUAUUCAUAUAACAAAAAUCUUAACUAUUUCAAACAAACAGCCGGGCCUAGCACAUCUCAGGAUAAGAAAUACAAGGCCAAGGAAAGAUUUCAAUACUGAAUAUACCCAAUUUCCAAUAUGAAGAAAAUAAACCUUGUAGUCAUUCCCUUUGCAGGAGUCGGUCACCUUGUAUCCACCAUUGAAUUCAUAAAACGGUUACUGAGUCGUGAUGAUCGCUUCUCUGUAACAAUCCUCGUCAUCAAAUCACCACUUGAACAUUCUCUGGAUCCAAACACUUCUCCUCCUUCACUUCCUUCUUCCCAUCCCCAUAUUCAAUUCAUCAACGUUCGCAGUUUAAACCCGCCUCCAAUAGAAGUUUUUCUCAAAUCCCCAGAGAAAUACUUCACCCUUUACAUAGAGAGUUACAAGCUCAAAGUCAAGGAAAUCAUAGUUGACCAUGUGUUGCCCAACUCGGCUCCACUUGGUGGCUUGUUCCUUGAUAUGUUCAGCACCUCCAUGGUUGACGUAGCUCAAGAACUCGGUGUUCCUUCUUACGUGUUCUUGACCUCCGGUGCUGGGUUUCUGGGUUUCGUGCUCUACCUUCAGACACGGCACGACCGAGGAGGAGCUGAGUUCGAACUCUCGGAUAUCGAGUCAUACAUACCGAGUUAUGUGAACCCGGUUCCUUCCAGGGUUUUGCCUUCCUUAGCGUUCAACAGGGAAGGUGGAUACGUUUCGUUUGUGAAUGUUGCUAGGAAUAUGAAGAAGACAAAGGGUAUUAUUGUCAAUACGGUUUUUGAGUUGGAAUCCCAUGCGAUCAGCUCCUUGUUAAUGGACGGUGCAACUCCACCUGUUUAUGCAGUCGGACCGUUGAUCGACCAUAAAGGAGAGAGUCAUUUCCGGACUGAUCAGGCCAAGCGCGAUAAGAUCAUCAAAUGGCUUGAUGAUCAGCCUACGAAGUCGGUAAUAUUCCUCUGCUUUGGCAGCUUUGGGAGCUUUGGUGUACCCCAAUUGAGAGAGAUUGCAAUUGGGCUAGAACAAAGUGGGGCCCGCUUCCUUUGGUCAAUACGGCAAGCCAAAAGCAUAUUUGAAAUGCCAAUUGAGUGUGAAAAACCAGAGGAAUUUCUACCACAGGGAUUUUUGGAUAGGACUAAGGAGUUGGGAAUGAUAUGUGGGUGGACUCCACAAAUUGAGGUACUGGCCCACAGAGCAAUCGGAGGGUUUGUAUCACACUGUGGAUGGAAUUCAAUAUUGGAGAGCUUGUGGCAUGGUGUACCGAUUAUAACAUGGCCAUUGUAUGCGGAGCAGCAGAUUAAUGCAUUCCAGAUUGUGAAGGAUUUGGGUUUGGGAGUUGAACUUAGAUUGGACUACAGAAGGGACGGUGGUGAUGUUGAUGUUGUGAUGAGAGAUGAGAUAGAGAAGGCAGUUAGAUUUGUGAUGGACGGUGAUAGCGAGGUGAGGCAGAGGGUCCAGGAAGCGAGUGAAAAGUGUAGGAAGGCCGUUGUGGAAGGUGGGUCUUCAUUUAGUUCCAUUGGAAGCUUGAUUGAGGCUAUUCUAGCAAACAUCUCUUGAGGAGGCUAUUCGGCCUCUUUUAGAUUUUAUUUUUAUUUUUAUUUAUUUUUUUCGCUCUAAAGAUUUUAUUUUUAUUUUUCCUUUUUAUGUGUAUGCCAAACACAUGUGUAGUUUCGUUAAUUUUGACAUAAAUUAUUAAUUAAAGUAUCGAAUUAUUACUAA